CGCGGGGCCGCGGGGAACGGCCCGUGCUCGGUGCUCCGCCCGGUGCGCGCCGCUCCGCCCGCCCGCCCGCCAUGAACUCCCUGGACCAGGCUGAGGGUGAGUGCGGCCGCUCGGAGCGAGCCCGGAGCUGCUUCUUCGGCGCGCCGGGAGCUGCCGGCUCUGCGCCCAGGCUGCCCGAGCGCGCUGCCCCGUCCCUGCGGAGCGGGACGAAGCGGCCGCGGGAGGCCUCGGCUCCCUCUGCACCGCGCUCCCGGCGCUCCUCCUCGGCCCAGACAGAUCUCAAAGCUUUUGAAAGAAGACUUACUGAAUACAUUGCAUGCUUGCAACCAGCUACAGGACGUUGGAGAAUGAUUUUGAUAGUGGUGUCAGUCUGCACAGCAACUGGGGCUUGGAACUGGUUAAUAGACCCAGAGACACAAAAGGUAUCAUUUUUCACGUCACUUUGGAAUCACCCAUUUUUCACAAUUAGCUGUAUUACCCUAAUAGGCUUGUUCUUUGCUGGAAUACAUAAAAGAGUGGUGGCACCAUCAAUUAUAGCAGCCCGAUGCCGAACUGUUUUGGCAGAAUAUAAUAUGUCCUGUGAUGAUACUGGAAAAUUAAUUUUGAAACCUAGGCCUCAUGUUCAAUAAGGGCUGUCUUCCUUCAUUUUUUUUCCACUGCCAUGGAAACCAAAAAUGACCUAUUUUAAGGUAGUAUGACAGCAAAAAAAUCAAAUGGGACUGGUUGUCACUGCCUGGGAGUAAAAGUCUUAACACAGUUGACAGUGAAAGUGUGCAAUAUUACUUUCUUGAAUAUUUAUCCAAAUUCUUUGUUAUCACAUUAUCAGUGCUUUUGCUACUUCUGAUUACCUCUUUUUCAGUAUUAGUGUCACUUUUUUACUUCAGCUAGAACAGAACAUACAGGUGAAGUAUGUUAAUCGGCAAUGAAGUUGAACUUGAAAAUGAAACCUCAUUUGUGUUACGUGUCUUUCUAAGCUAUUGUAAAUAGCAGAUCGAUGCCAAUCUUGAGGAAAAAAAGAAAUAUCUGGUGUAUGGAUUUUCUUGUUCUCAUGAGGAGUAUUGAAAGGAACGUUUGCCAUUCUCCUGAUGUUUUAUUAGCACACUUCCUCAUUACAGCUGUCCUUGUCUCCUGGUCACUCUUUUGGAACUGGUUUAAAGGCUCGCAGGAAGACUGACUGUUUGUGCCGGAGAAAACUGGUCUUACUGUUAAAGAACUUCGCAAAUAUAUCAAGGAUUACAUUUGUCAAGUUGUGUAUAUAGUGCACCAGCCACUUUCCUUGUGGUCAUACAUAGUUCCUUGUUUGAUCUGGUUCAAAACACUUAUUUUAAGAUUUUAAUUUUUUAAAAUUGUCUUAAAUAUGCUUGUAUCUUCCCAGUUGUAAGGUUGUACUGUAUCUAAAUCCACCUGACCAUUCUGAGUGGAUUUUUAUGCUUUGAUAGUCAGAAUAUGAAACUGGUAUUGCAAAUGUAUAACAUCAGAUUUGGUGAAGAAAAUCUAAAGAGUGCCACAAUAAAAUAACAAAAUUUGUUAUUCAGAGUGUUAACAAGCAGGUGUGGAUGAUAUAUGCAUAAAGUGUAACUUUUGAAUAGCUAAAAUUGUCAAGUUUUAAGAGUUUAAGUUGUUCAAGGUGCCUUUUUAAAUGUUUUGAACUCUUUAAAUUGACUCUAACUGCAAAGCUCUUGCAACUUCAGUAACCCCUACUACAGGGUAGACUGGCUUUUAAAGGCAGCCUAUUGAUGUAACUUUGUCCGUUGAAACUUUAAGAAUUGUCUUCUGGAUUUUUUUCCAGCAAGUCUUCUGCCCAUCCAUUAUUUUUAACUGCUGUAUAUUUUGUAGGUAAAUGUGUAUAAAAUAAAAUCUUUGUAUAAACAGG